UCCACGAAGAGAGAGAGGGAGAGAGAGAGAAACACAAACACAUAUGAUAUGGCUGAAUUAGCGUAAAAUGAUUCUGCCCAACUAAUUAUACCUAAAACAAACAUCUUUUGACAUUCGGAUCAUCCACCUCUUUGGCUUUUUUUUCUUGGGUUUUGAAUCAAAUUGAGAAAGAGAGAGAGAGAGAAAGAGGAAGGAAGGGGGGUGAGAGAGGAAGAAGAUAGCUAAAUAUUCAUUUAGGGAUAACCAACAAUCCAAGCUAUAAUUUCUUCCCCCACGUCCAUGGCUUCAUCUCUUUCCAUCAUCAUUCUAUUGUAAUCUAUCUAUCUCUGUUGUCUGUGUUUCUAUAAUAAAGAAAGCUCCAUUAUAUAUAUAUAUAUUGUAAAUCACGUUCAAUCUCAAAAUCUACAUUUCUGGCAUUUACUAGCCAAAAAAGGAAAGCCCUGAAUUUAUAUGGUUGAAUUGAAACUAUAGUUGGUCUUGUUCUGGGUAUGACAUUUUAAGAGAUAAAAUGUCUAUUUGUGAACAGGACCCGGAUUUAAAUUCUUCUUCUUCUGGGUCAGCUUCGUGUCUCUUUGACCUCUUAUGUGAGGACACUGCCAGGACUCAAAGCUGCUGCCAACGGGAAAGACAGAUAUAUUUUCCAGCUCCACAAAGGAGACUUGAGAAUUUGUUGGCUGAACCAGGCAAUAAGGUCUGUGCAGAUUGUGGCUCUCCAGAUCCCAAAUGGGUGUCAUUGAAUCUGGGAGUGUUUAUAUGCAUAAAAUGUUCUGGAGUACACAGAAGCCUAGGAGUUCAUAUCUCCAAGGUUUUCUCGGUGAAGCUAGACGAAUGGACAGACGAACAAGUUGAUGAUUUAAUAGCCAUGGGUGGAAACGAUGUAAUGAACACAAAGUAUGAAGCUUCCGUUCCAGAUUAUCUCACGAAACCAAAACCAGAUGCCCUUAUAGAAGAGCGUUUUGAUUUCAUCAGGAGAAAAUACGAGUCUCAACAAUUCGCAGGCUCGGAUGAAGAAGAGCCCAUGUCGUGCCCAUUCCCACCUACUGGCGCAUGUUCAUCAACGUCUAGCAGCAACAACAAAUCAGAUCCUUCAGAUAAUAAUAAGAAGAAUUUGGAGAAACAAUCGACAGGUAAAGGUAUUCAUGGAAUCGGACAUGUCUUUCGCAACAGCUGGAGAAGGAAAGAUCCUGAACACAAGAGGAAAUCCAACUCAAUGUCAAUGUCAAUGGCAGGCAUGGUGGAAUUCGUCGGAUUGAUAAAGGUUAAUGUCGUUCGCGGCACCAACUUAGCAGUCAGGGACGUAAUGACCAGUGAUCCAUAUGUUAUCAUCUCUUUGGGAGGACAAUCUGUGAAGACUCGAGUGAUUAAGAAUAACCUAAAUCCCGUCUGGAAUGAACAGCUAAUGUUGUCGAUUCCUGAGCACAUUCCUCCCCUGAAAGUGCUUGUGUACGAUAAAGAUACGUUUAAAGCAGACGACUUUAUGGGGGAGGCGGAAAUAGACCUGCAACCACUGUUGGCAGCUGCUAAAGCAUCGGAGAGUACGUCGGAGAUGGUGCCGAUACAGCUGGAGAAAUUCACGGCGGCGAGUAAAGAGAAUGCGACGGUGAGAGACGGGGCGAUCAGCGUUGUGGAUGGGAGAGUGAAGCAAGAAAUCGCGCUCCGGUUGCAGAAUGUAGAGAGGGGAGUGCUGGAAAUUGAACUUGAAUGUGUUACUCUAACACAAUAACUCUUCUUAAUCACCUAACAUUUUGCUAUAUACUGAAAACAAAUAAAAUAAUAUAAAUUAUUCAACUUGUAAUUGAAAAACCUUUUUUUGUGUGUUUGA